CGACCACCCCCAACCUUCGAUACCAACAACAUCUACCACGAACUCUUAGAGGAUAAUCCGAAUUUGAUUACUACUCUGCGAUACCGUUUUUAAGCCUCAGAGUUGAAUAGCAGGAAUCUGACUGCGAUGGUCCCAGAGAGCUUGCCCCAAGCCGCGUAACCAGCUUCGAUUCAACAGCUGCAGCUAUACCAUCCAGCAAAUACCCAACGUACCUCUUCUUUUUGGACUGGUUUCCACAACACCACAAAAUGUCUAUGAACAUAUUCCGCAUCCUAGGCGACGUCUCGCACACCCUCUCCAAAUGUAUCCUAAUAUGGGCCAUCCACUCCAACUCCUCUGCCGAAGGCAUUUCUCUCAUAACGCAAGCCUUCUACUGCCUCGUCUUCAUCUCGCGCUAUCUUGACUUCUUUGCCUACUUCACGCUAUCCCUCUGGAACACUGUUCUCAAGGCUUUCUAUAUCUUAUCGUCGCUCUAUAUUAUUUUCUUGAUGUUGCGCGUCUAUGCGCGUACGAGAGAGCGAGAGAAGGCUUGGAAGCUGGGUGGCAUAUGCCUUACGGUAUCCGCGGUGGGAGCCCCGUUUCUCAUGCUGGUCGCCAGAGACAAGAGCCAAUAUGGGUUUGUCGAGGUAUCCUGGAUUUUCUCCAUAAUUCUCGAAUCUGUUUGCGUCCUACCUCAGUUGCUUCUCCUCCGUCAGACAACCGUUCCCACCGUGAUUGAUAGUUACUACCUCUUGACGCUCGGCUCUUAUCGCGCAUUUUAUAUCCUGAAUUGGAUAUGGCGCGAAGUCGACAUCAAUGACCGCAAGCCCGACCCAAUUUCCGUCGUGUUCGGCAUCUUACAGACCGCCUUCUAUAUCGAUUUUGCGUGGGUCUAUUACAGUAGACAGAGAGUUAAGCUCAGGCACGGAGGUCUAGUGGAUCAAGAUGAUUUGAGGAAUGGCUGGUUGCUAAGGCGUAUCUUUGGGAGUAAGAGAGUAGUGGGUAAUGUGGAUGACGAGGAAUCUAGCCCAGCGCUGGCAAACAAUGGACGGCCGGCACCAGGGCGGACAGGAGGCUCCAGGUGGGGAAAUAGAGGUAUUAGCGUCAGUGCGGAUGACGGUGUUUUAGAGGGCGAGAGCGCGGACAGGUAUCUAGGUCAAGAGGAAGGUGUGAUUGAUACGGCACAGGAAGGGGAUGAUGAUGCGAAGAUGAGAGACCCCGAUGAGCUUGCGGGUGCUCUGGAAGACGAGGAGGAGGAUGCGGACGCAGUGCUUCCUAGUGCGCAUGUUGACGGCGUGGCAAAUGGGAGUGAGUGGAGAGAGGGGCCAAGCGAAUGAUUUAAGGCAGGUACAGAUAGCGGGUUUCUAUGUUUUGGACGGAUGCGAGCUGCAAAUACCCAUGUAGGAGAAAGGACUUGCUUGCAUUCAGAAUGUAUCUAUGAUGCCAAGAUCCAAGUAUUCUCUACACACACAGCUGCGUUGAAUAUGUUCCCCCACCUUUACCGUUCCGGGGUGGGGAGAAGGGGAAGGUUAGUGGAGGGAGGGGUACAUAAGAGAGAGCUGAGUAUGGCUACUGUAGGUAUGGUACAACAUCUACUGGAGCACGGCAUUGUGUAAGAAGUCUAGCUAGAAAUAGCUGAAAGACGACUAUACUAUUGCCACUUAUUAGGGGUUCUUAGAUAGCACGACUAUUGAAUCCACAGAUAUACCUGUUCUUAAGAGAAAG